AGCCGCGCCGAGGGCCCUCGCUCCCCGCCGCUCUCCAUGAGCCGCGCCUGCAGCCGGGCCGCGCCUCCAUGAGUUCCUAGCUGCUGCUGCUGCUUUUUCUCUCCGGUCCUCACCCCCCGCCCGGCUCCCGUCCCGCCUUCUCCCUGCGCCGCGCUGCUGGCCGCCUUCAAGGUGCGGAGCCCCGAGCGGAGCGCUAUGGCGUCCAACCCCGACCGGGGGGAGAUCCUCCUCACCGAGCUGCAGGGAGAUUCCCGGAGUCUUCCAUUUUCUGAGAACGUCAGUGCUGUUCAGAAAUUAGACAUUUCAGAUACAAUGGUGCAACAGAAAUUGGAUGACAUCAAAGAUCGUAUAAAGAGAGAAAUAAGGAAAGAACUGAAAAUCAAAGAAGGUGCUGAAAAUCUGAGGAAAGUCACAACAGAUAAAAAAAAUUUGGCUUAUGUAGACAACAUUUUGAAAAAGUCAAAUAAAAAAUUAGAAGAAUUACAUCACAAGCUACAAGAAUUAAAUGCGCACAUUGUUGUAUCGGACCCAGAGGACUCUGCAGAUUGUCCAAGGACUCCAGAUACUCCAAAUAGUGACUCUCGUAGUUCGACUAGCAACAAUAGACUGAUGGCCUUACAGAAACAACUGGAUAUAGAACUUAAAGUGAAGCAAGGUGCAGAGAACAUGAUACAGAUGUACUCCAACGGCUCUUCAAAGGAUCGAAAACUCCAUGGUACAGCUCAGCAACUGCUCCAGGAUAGCAAGACCAAAAUAGAAGUCAUCCGAAUGCAGAUUCUUCAGGCUGUCCAGACCAAUGAGUUGGCGUUUGACAAUGCAAAACCUGUGAUAAGCCCUCUUGAGCUUCGGAUGGAAGAAUUACGGCAUCAUUUUAGGAUAGAGUUUGCAGUAGCAGAAGGUGCAAAGAAUGUCAUGAAGUUACUUGGCUCAGGAAAAGUAACAGACAGAAAAGCACUUUCAGAAGCUCAAGCGAGAUUUAAUGAAUCAAGUCAGAAGUUGGACCUUUUAAAAUAUUCAUUAGAGCAAAGGUUAAAUGAACUUCCCAAGAACCAUCCCAAAAGCAGCAUUGUCAUUGAAGAGCUUUCACUUGUUGCAUCACCAACCCUAAGUCCACGGCAGAGCAUGAUAUCCACGCAGAACCAGUAUAGCACACUGUCCAAACCAGCAGCGCUGACUGGUACUCUGGAAGUUCGUCUUAUGGGGUGCCAAGAUAUCCUCGAGAAUGUCCCUGGACGGUCAAAAGCAGCAUCAGUUGCACUGCCUGGAUGGAGUCCAAGUGAAAACAGAUCAUCUUUUAUGAGCAGAACCAGUAAAAGUAAAAGUGGAAGUAGUCGCAAUCUCCUGAAAACCGAUGACCUGUCCAAUGAUGUCUGUGCUGUUUUGAAGCUAGAUAACACUGUGGUUGGUCAGACCAGCUGGAAGCCCAUCUCCAACCAGUCGUGGGACCAGAGGUUCACCCUGGAGCUAGACAGGUCACGUGAACUGGAAAUUUCAGUUUAUUGGCGUGAUUGGCGAUCUCUGUGUGCUGUAAAAUUUCUGAGGUUAGAAGAUUUUUUAGACAACCAGCGGCAUGGCAUGUGUCUCUAUUUGGAACCACAGGGUACUUUGUUUGCCGAGGUUACUUUUUUCAAUCCAGUUAUUGAAAGAAGACCAAAGCUCCAAAGACAAAAGAAAAUUUUUUCAAAACAACAAGGCAAAACAUUUCUCAGAGCUCCUCAAAUGAAUAUUAAUAUUGCCACUUGGGGAAGGCUAGUGAGACGAGCUAUUCCCACAGUAAAUCACUCUGGCACAUUCAGCCCGCAGACUCCUGUGCCCACUGCAGUGCCAGUGGCUGAUGCACGCACCCCUGAGCUCGGACCUCCAGCCAGUGAUUCUACAGUAACCAAAUUGGACUUUGAUCUUGAACCUGAACCUCCUCCAGCCCCACCACGAGCUUCUUCCCUUGGAGCGAUAGAUGAGUCUCCUGAAUUGAGAGUUUUGGAUAUACCUGGACAGGGUUCAGAAACUGUUUUUGACAUUGAGAAUGACAGAAAUAACAUGCAUCCAAAAUCCAAAUCUGAAUAUGAGCUUGACAUUCCCGACUCAGGCCGAAGCUGUUGGGGUGCUCGAGAGCUCGAGGACAAAAGAGCUCAACAGAGGUUUCAGUUCAAUCUACAAGACUUCAGGUGCUGUGCUGUUUUGGGGAGAGGACACUUUGGAAAGGUGCUGUUGGCUGAGUAUAAACACACAAAUGAAAUGUUUGCUAUAAAAGCCUUAAAGAAAGGGGACAUUGUGGCACGAGACGAAGUAGACAGCCUGAUGUGUGAAAAAAGAAUUUUUGAGACUGUGAACAGUGUCAGACACCCCUUUCUGGUGAACCUUUUUGCAUGUUUCCAAACAAAAGAACACGUUUGCUUUGUGAUGGAGUAUGCUGCGGGUGGAGACCUGAUGAUGCACAUCCACACUGAUGUCUUCUCUGAACCCAGAGCUGUAUUUUACGCAGCAUGUGUAGUUCUCGGGUUGCAGUAUUUGCAUGAACACAAAAUUGUUUAUAGAGACUUGAAGUUGGAUAACUUAUUGCUAGAUACAGAAGGCUUUGUGAAAAUUGCUGACUUUGGUCUGUGCAAAGAAGGAAUGGGGUAUGGAGAUAGGACAAGCACAUUUUGUGGUACUCCUGAAUUUCUUGCCCCAGAAGUAUUAACAGAAACAUCGUACACAAGGGCUGUAGAUUGGUGGGGCCUUGGCGUACUUAUAUAUGAAAUGCUCGUUGGAGAGUCUCCCUUUCCUGGUGAUGAUGAAGAAGAGGUUUUUGACAGUAUUGUAAAUGACGAAGUAAGAUAUCCAAGGUUCUUAUCUACAGAAGCCAUUUCCAUAAUGAGAAGGCUGUUGAGGAGGAACCCCGAGCGGCGCCUGGGAGCUGGGGAGAGAGAUGCGGAGGAUGUAAAGAAGCACCCGUUUUUCCGGCUAACUGACUGGAGUGCUCUGAUGGACAAAAAAGUAAAGCCACCAUUUGUACCUACCAUCAGAGGACGGGAAGAUGUUAGUAACUUUGAUGAUGAAUUUACCUCAGAAGCGCCUAUUCUGACUCCGCCUCGAGAGCCACGGGUUCUCUCAGAAGAGGAGCAGGAGAUGUUCCGUGAUUUUGACUACGUUGCUGAUUGGUGUUAAGUUACUGGACACUGUGAGACCACGCAGACUGACCGGAAGGGAGACCCCUUGAAAACAGUCGCCCUUCAUUUGCUUCCUGUCUACUGGGAGCUUCUGAGGUUUUAUACAGCACAGCACACAAAGAUGUGGUUACAGUACUGUUUUAUACCUUCUCAAUGUUUUCAACGUAAACCUGAACACUGGAAGCAGUUUCAUGGAGUUUAGGCUGAGUGAACAUUGGCCGUGAAUCCAUUACAAAUAAAUACUUUUACAUCAAUACUUUAUUUUUAAAAAGAAGAAGAACCACUCUUUUAUAGUACCCAUCUUUGCCCUAGGCCUGCCUUAAGUGGAAGGACGAUUAAUCACUAAACUGUAUUUUACAAAAGAAAAAAUAGGGCUUUAGAUACUAUUACUAUUCACAUAAAGUGUGAUUCUGUUUGACUGAGACAACUCAAUUUUUAAGAAAUCACUAUAAUAGAAAAAAAUGUGGCAGUUUGUACACCUUUGGUGGCUUGAUUUAAAGAAAAAAAUGAGAAUGUAUUGAUGUCUAGUUUGAUAAAUUUUCUAUAUUUAUCAGAACACUUUAUUGCCUUAACCUUACGAACCACGCAGCAGAGCCUCAUAGCUUUCCAGCAGAAUUACCUGUCAGAUGAGCUGUUCAUUAAACAAUGCUGCAAAAAUAGAAACAUCAGCAUUUAUUUAACUUAACGAUGAGGACUUCUGAUCAGCUGGAACCAAGAUACCAUGGUAACUGUAUGCAUUCCCAAACCCAAGACACCUGGAGGAU